AUGCCUGCCUAUCACCUAAAGCGCGCAGACAAAUCCGGCAUCACAUUCAUCAAUAUUGGCGUUGGACCCAGCAACGCAAAAACAAUUACGGAUCAUUUAGCAGUUUUGCGCCCUCACUGUUGGCUCAUGCUAGGUCACUGUGCAGAUCUACGCCGCAGCCAAAUCUUAGGAGACUAUGUUCUAGCACACGCCUAUGUUCGGGAGGAUCAUGUUCUUGACCAAGACCUCCCGAUACAAGUCCCCCUCCCUGCAAUUGCUGAAGUACAAACGGCCCUUCAAGAAGCCGUUGUGAACGUUACAGGAAUGGCAGGAGCAGACGUGAAAACACGCAUGCGCACAGGAACGGUCCUGACAACGGAUAAUAGGAACUGGGAACUGCGCUCUUCUGACCUUUUCUUAAAGUUCAAGCAAAAUCGUGCCAUUGCCGUUGAUAUAGAAUCUGCCACAAUUGCUGCCAAUGGCUUCCGCUUACGGGUUCCCUAUGGCACCUUAUUAUGUGUUUCCGACAAACCCAUUCACGGGGAACUAAAGGUGCGGGGUAUGGCCAAUAAGUUCUAUAGCGAGCGCACACAUCAACACCUUCUCAUUGGGUUAGAGAUCAUCCGCCUCUUGCGCGAAGGAGGGGUGACAAAGUUGCACUCUCGAAAACUGAGAAGCUUUGACGACCCGCCUUUUCAAUAA